AUGGACUCCGAGAAUGUGUUCGACAUAUACAGUGCCCCCAAGGCUCCUGAAGCUCCCUCGAGCAAGAAGAAAACGAGCAAGCGGCAUCCCAGGGAAAGCAAUAAAGCGCCUCCGGCCAAGAAAACCCAUACUGCAGACCCUCCGACAGAAGGACCUUCAAAAAAUGUAACACCACCUCCUUCUCCUCUUAAGCAACAAACCCCUCCUGCUUCUGUCUGGUCGACACCUUCUCCACCGGCCCCAACCGACCAGACUCAGCAGGUUACUCCUACUUCCACAAUGGGCGACAUAUUGAGUCGUGCCUUAAGAUCGGUAAAAGACAGGGUGGCCAAAAUUUUGAAGCACGAACGUUGCCGAGAGGUGAUGGUUGUGACGGAGAUGAUGGACGUCAACCAGAUCUUAACCCACGCAUUAAAUGAGUUUUCCAGUCUUGAAGCAGUGCUUAAGGAGAAGAACAAACUGGCUGAGGAGUUAAGAGAGAAGCAGGCUACUCUGGAUAAGGUCGUCGAGCAAAGAGACAAGUUCAAGGAGUCUAACCAUGUCAACUAUCGCGAGGCUAAAAAGCUCAAGGAGGACUUGACCGCGAGCAGACAGGAGACUACAACAUUGGAGGGCCGGAUCGAGAAGCUUGAAAAAGCUAACGCCGGCAAUUUGGAAAGUACACGGCCUAUAGGUCGUGAUGUAAAGCCACUUUUAUUUUCUAGUUGA